AUGGCUGCCGCCGGGGCUCGCUGGAACCAUGUGUGGGUCGGAACCGAGACCGGGAUCCUGAAAGGGGUGAACCUUCAGCGCAAACAGGCGGCCAACUUCACGGCGGCGGGGCAGCCGCGGCGCGAGGAGGCGGUGAGCGCCCUGUGCUGGGGCGCGGGCGGGGAGACCCAGAUCCUGAUGGGCUGUGCCGACCGGACAGUGAGGCGCUUCUGCACCGAGGAGGGCAGGUUCCAGGGCCAGAGGCACUGCCCCGGCGGCGAGGGCACGUUCCGAGGCCUCGCCCAGGUUGACGGCACCCUCAUCACCUGUGUGGAUUCUGGGAUUCUCCGAGUCUGGCGUGACAAUGACAAGGAGACGUCCUCUGACCCACUCCUGGAACUGAGAGUGGGCCCCGGGGUGUGUAGGAUGCGCCAAGACCCAGCGCACCCCCAUGUAGUUGCCACAGGGGGGAAGGAGAAUGCUCUGAAGGUGUGGGACCUGCAGGGGUCUGAGGAGCCUGUGUUCAGAGCCAAGAACGUACGGAAUGACUGGCUUGACCUGCGAGUUCCCAUCUGGGACCAGGACAUACAGUUCCUCCCUGAGUCACAGAAGCUCGUCACCUGUACAGGGUACCACCAGGUCCGUGUCUAUGAUCCAGCCUCCCCCCAACGCCGGCCAGUCCUAGAGGCCACCUAUGGAGAGUACCCGCUGACAGCCAUGACGCUCACUCCCGACGGCAACUCGGUGAUUGUCGGAAACACUCAUGGGCAGCUGGCAGAAAUUGACCUUCGGCAAGGGCGCCUGCUGGGCUGUCUGAAGGGGCUGGCAGGCAGUGUCCGAGGGCUGCAGUGCCACCCUUCCAAGCCCCUCCUCGCCUCCUGUGGCCUGGACAGAAUCCUGCGGGUGCACAGGAUCCGGAACCCCCGGGGCCUGGAGCACAAGGUUUAUCUGAAGUCUCAACUGAACUGCCUUCUUGUGUCAGGCCGGGAAAACUGGGAGGAUGAGCCGCAGGAGCCUCAAGAGCCCAGUCAGUUGUCCUCAGAAGACACAGAGGCAGAUGAACUGUGGGCCUCUUUGGAGGCAGCUGCCAAGCGCAAGCUCCCUGAUUUGGAACAGACAUCGGGGGCCUUCCAAACCAGACGGAGAAAGAAGAAGCGGCCUGGCUCUACUAGCCCCUGA